AUGACCGACUACGUUGGCACCUUCAUGAGAACGCAUUCCAGUGAGCUGGAUCCGAGCUGGCGAUCAUUCAAGACUUUGAUAAGUACCUUCGCUCAGAAGACUAACCGCAAAGAUCUCGCAAGAUUCGACGUGGAGAAGGAGUUUCAGUGGGAAGAUGUGAGGGUCAUGGCGUCUGAGGCAAUCGAGCAAGACAAUGCCAAAACGAAAAUGAGACAUAACCCUUUUCGCGCGGCCGGGCGAUCCUUCCAGCGAAAUGCAUCGAACUUGGAAAUGCUUGUAGCCUUUCUGCCGAACGGCGACUUUACUGGCAUUCUUUGUGGGGCACUGACAUUUGUUUUCUGUGCUGCCAAGCGCCUAGACGAAGUUCGAAACAAGAUUAUCAACUGUUUGGACAGUCUGCCAGAUAUCGUGGAAGAGACGGGAGAGUAUGUGGAAAUCUACGACGAUGAUCCCAGAGUCUGGAGAGCAGCUGAGGACCUGUAUCUGGGAAUUCUCGACGGUGUAGAGAGUAUGCUACAAUGGAUUGAUAAAUCUGCCCUAGAGAGGGCUUUCAAAGUACUUACGAGACCUACAACUUUUGGAAAGAAUAUGGAAGAAGACACUAUCAAACAAAACAUCGAAGGCAAUGUGGCCAAGUUCCGGAAUGUUGUCUUGAUGAGCCAACACAAACACAUCAACAAAUUCCUCAAGGCCCUUAAAGAGCAACUGAACAGCCAAUUGAAACAAGCCGACUGGGCUCGAGACAAUCCAAAAGCUGAGAAGCUUUUGACGAAAGCGUUUAUAACUCUCGAUGAGCUCCGUGCUAGCAUUGGAUUCGAUCCAAGAAUCAACCAGAGAGACAUGGUUACGUCAAUGAUAGAUGCACAGAAGGUCUGCCCGCCAGACAUGAUAAACCAUGCCAUGCUGGCGCUUCGCGAUAAGAAGUUUACCUCUUGGCUUCAGUCCAACGACUCCCGGAUACUAUUCAUCGAAGGAAGAAUGAAGUUAAGCUCUGAACAGGAGGCAGCGUCUCCACUAACAAUGCUAUCAUGUGCUCUCGCACAGUUGGCGGCGAGACAAUCCGAGCGCAGUCUUCCGCUAGUUUAUCUCUGCGGCCAGCACAAUGGCCCAAACGACCCUUUCUCGGGCACCAGCGGCGUCCUAAGGUGCUGGAGUUCUCUCAUCACCGAGUCUCUUACACCGUGGGAUGUCGAUCUCUCAGCCAUCAACUUGAGCUUCAUAGACGGCGUCAGAGCUCAGCAACUUGGCGUGCUCUGCAUGCUUUUCCGUCACCUGGUCUUGGCUGCCACGGAUAAGAUUGUCUUUAUCAUCUUGGACGGCGUCUCAUGGCUUGAAGUGAGCCGCCACGCCCAGGGGUUGGCGGAUGUUGUGUUCAAUCAUGCUAGAAAGUGGCUUCCGAAAGAUUGUAUACUGGAGAUGGAUGAUGUUAGAUGA